UUCUUCAUCUCAUUUACAUUCUUUCUUGCUUUCAUCUUCUUUCUCUCUGUCCAAACAGAGUCAAGAAAGAACGUAAGAAGCAAAAUGUUGGGGGAUAUCAUGCCGGGCUUGGCCAUGGUUCUGGUGCAGGUAGGCUUCGCUGGAAUGAACAUCACCUCCAAACUGGCCAUGGAAUCCGGCAUGAAACCUCUUGUUCUCGUUGCUUACCGUCAAAUCUUUUCCGUUAUUGCCACCGCCCCCUUUGCUUUUUUCAUGGAGCGGAAGACAAGACCCAGGAUCACAAUGCCAAUACUGUUCCAGUUGUUCUUGUGUUCAAUUACGGGGGCAACUGCAAACCAGGUGUUUUACUUUCUUGGACUUGAGUAUUCAACCCCAACAAUUGCAUGUGCCUUGAACAAUCUCCUCCCUGCAGUCACUUUUGUCCUUGCAGCACUUUGCAGGUUAGAAAAUGUGGGAAUAAGGACUGCAGCAGGGCAGGCAAAGGUUAUAGGAACCAUUGUAUGUGUUGGUGGAUCCAUGUUAUUGUCUUUUUACCAUGGACACCUCAUUGACAUAAAAGAAUCCAGCAUUCAUUGGCAAUAUGCCGAGAAUAUGAAUGAUUCAAGUUCCAACAACGGGACAAACUUCCUCGGUCCUUUUCUAGUCAUGGCCAGCUGUGUUGCUUGGGCUGCCUGGUUCAUAAUCCAGGCGCGACUAGGGAAGAAGUUCCAGGCACCUUACACAACAACUACAGUGAUGUGUUUCAUGUCCAGCAUUGAGUGCACUGCCAUUGCUUUCAUUUCCGAACAUACAAUUUCUGCCUGGUCAUUGCGCUCUAGUAUAAGACUUAUUGCAUCUUUAUAUGCGGGGAUUGUGUGUAAUGCGCUGGCAUUUUGCCUAACGACAUGGAGCAUAGAAAAGAAAGGACCUCUCUAUGCCUCGGUGUUCAGUCCUUUGUUGUUGGUGAUUGUGGCAGUAGUAAGUUGGGCACUGCUACACGAUAAAUUAUUCAUUGGAACUCUUGUAGGAUCUGUUCUUAUCGUUGCUGGACUUUAUGCUGUUCUGUGGGGAACGGAUAAAGAGGCUAAACAAUUGAAAACCGUAGAUGAAAUGGAAACAAAGCAAGGUGAUCAGAAGGAUGACUUGGAACUCCAGGUUGAGAAGAAUCAUGAUUAUCCUAUUAAGAUACCGCAAAAGCUCGAUCGAUCCUGUGCCGUUUUAAAGUAGAUGUUAUGUAGCGUUUGUAGCAAGAAGAAGGCUGUUACUGUUUCCCCUCUAGGGAGGAAGUAGAUGUUUAACCUAUUAUGUAUGUUUUGACUUAUAAAUUUCCAAUGCAAGAAAGUCCUCUAGGUUAG